CCCAAUGAGAUUCAGAUUGGAGAGGGGAACUUCACAAAGUGUUUGAUGAGAAACUCUGGACUCGAUCGCCGUGUUUACGCCGAAGAGAUGACCGGCCGCUAUGUCAAAAGGAUUUGAUAAGAAGCCAACCCGCCCUGGGGAAUCUCUUCAUCCAGGGGACUGCUGAGUAAGAGUGAGAUCGAGAGGAGCAGCUCAGGAAGAGGAGACAGAAGUUUAGCUUUCCGAUGCGAUGCGCCUUCUUGGCUUUUUUUGCGAGCGGCAAGAGGAGAAUGAGAGAGAGAGAGAGAGAUCAAAGCUGGACAGAGCGCCCGGUCAAUCACUAGAGGGAUUUAAAAUAUAAUCUAUACGUUUAAUCGCCGAAAGAAGAUCCCAAGAAUCAAAGAAGCUGAAGAGGCUGUGGAAAUGUUAGUGUGGUGUCUCCUGGUUUGCAUCUGGUGGGACCCGGUCGCCUCUCAGAUCCGCUACUCGGUGCCCGAGGAGCAGGAGCAUGGCACCUUCGUGGGCAACAUCGCUGAGGACUUGGGUCUGGACGUGACCAAGUUGGCGGCGCGCCGCUUCCAGACGGUGGCCAGCUCCCGGUCCCCUCACCUGGAGGUGAACCUGGAGAACGGCGUCCUGUUCGUCAACGAGAAGAUCGACCGGGAGGAGCUGUGCAAGCAGAGCCCGAGCUGCCUGCUGCACCUCGAGGUCUUCCUGGAGAACCCGCUGGAGCUCUUCCGCGUCGAGAUCGAGAUCGUGGACAUCAACGACAACGCCCCCGCCUUCCCGGAGGCCGACCUGACGGUGGAGAUCUCCGAGAGCGCGUCGGCCGGCACCCGCCUGCCGCUGGAGAGCGCCUUCGACCCGGACGUGGGCAGCAACUCGCUGCGGACCUACCAGAUCACCCCGAACGGCUACUUCGAGCUGGACGUGCAGACUCAAGGGGACGGGAACAAGUUCGCCGAGCUGGUGCUGGAGAAGCCGCUGGACCGGGAGCAGCAGGCGCUGCACCGGUACGUGCUGACCGCAGUAGACGGCGGCUUGCCCCAGCGGACCGGGACCGCCCUGCUCACCGUCAGGGUGCUGGACUCCAACGACAACGUGCCGGUGUUCGGCCAGCCGGUGUACACCGUCAGCCUGGAGGAGAACUCGCCUCCCGGCACGCUGCUGCUGCAGCUUAACGCCACCGACCGAGACGAGGGGAAGAACGGGGAGGUGAUCUACUCGUUCAGCAGCCACGUCUCGGCCCGGGUCAAGGAGCUGUUCAGCCUGGACCCCCGGACCGGCUGGUUGGAGGUGAAAGGGGACGUGGAUUACGAGGAGAGCAGUUUGCACCAGCUGUACGUGCAAGCCAAGGACCUUGGCCCCAACGCGGUCCCGGCUCACUGCAAGGUGCUAGUGCGGGUCACCGACGUGAACGACAACGCACCGGAGAUCAGCUUCAGCACCGUGUCCGAGUCGGUGAGCGAGGCGGCGGCUCCGGGCACCGUGGUGGCUCUGCUCAGCGUCACCGACCGGGACUCGGGCGACAACGGGCAGCUGCACUGCGAGAUCCUGGGCCAGGUGCCCUUCCAGCUCAAGUCCUCCUUCAAGAACUACUACACGGUGGUGACGGACGGGCCGCUGGACCGGGAGCACGGCGACUCGUACACCAUCACGGUGCUGGCGCGGGACCGCGGCUCGCCCCCGCUGGCCUCCAGCAAGUCCAUCAGGGUGCAGGUGGGCGAUGAGAACGACAACGCGCCGCGGUUCUCCGAGGCUGCCUACGACGUGUAUGUGAGCGAGAAUAACGUGCCCGGGGCGUACAUCUACGCGGUGAGCGCCGCCGACCCGGACCUGGGCCAGAACGCCUACAUCUCCUACUCCAUCCUGGAGUGUGACAUCCAGGGCAUGUCGGUGUUCACCUACGUCUCCAUCAACUCGGAGAACGGCUACCUGUACGCGCUGCGCUCCUUCGACUACGAGCAGCUGAAGGAGUUCCGCUUCACCGUGCAAGCCCUGGACUCGGGCAGCCCGGCGCUGGGCUCCAACGCCACCGUCAACAUCCUCAUCGUGGACCAGAACGACAACGCGCCGUCCAUCGUCUCCCCGGUGUCCCGCAACGGCAGCUCCCGGGAGCUGGUGCCCCGCAGCGCCGAGCCCGGUUACCUGGUGGUCCGCCUGGUGGCGGUGGACGCGGACGACGGCGAGAACGCCCGGCUGACCUUCUACAUCGCCCGCGGCAACGAGCUCGGCCUCUUCCGCAUGGACUGGCGCAGCGGCGAGCUGAAGACCGCCCGGCGCUUCCCCGCCGCCGGCGCCGCCCCCUACGAGCUCCUGAUCGAGGUGAGGGACCACGGGCAGCCGCCGCUCUCCGCCACCGCCACCGUCCUGGUGCUGGCGGUGGACAGCGCGGUCGAGCGGCCCGGGGAGAGGGGCAACCGAGCCGGCGGCCCCAAGGACCACGCGCUGGACCUGACCCUCAUCCUGAUCAUCGCGCUGGGCUCGGUCUCCUUCGUCUUCCUGCUGGCCAUGAUCAUGCUGGCCGUCCGCUGCCAGAAGGACAAGAAGCUGAACCUGUCCAGCUGCCUGGCCGGAGAGGGCUGUGCGUGCUGCCGCCAGGCCAGGAACCGUAAGAAGAAGCUCAGCAAGUCAGACAUCAUGCUGGUGCAGACCAGCAGCGCCAACGCCGCCCAGGUCUCGGUGGAGGAAGGUGGCUUCGGCCACCACAGCCAGAACUACUGCUACCAGGUCUGCCUGACCCCGGAGUCGGCCAAGACGGAUCUCAUGUUCCUGAAGCCCUGCAGCCCGUCCAGGAGCACGGACGCUGAGCACAACUCCUGCGGCGCUAUCAUCGCUGGCUACACCGACCAGCAGCCCGAUAUCAUUUCCAAUGGGAGUAUAUUAUCCAACGAGAUUAAACACCAGCGGACGGAACUCAGUUUUCUGGUGGACAGACCCCGUCGAGUUAACAGUUCGGCUUUCCAGGAGGCGGAUAUAGUGAGUUCGAAGGACAGUGGCCACGGAGACAGCGAACAAGGGGACAGUGAUCACGAUGCCACGAACCGAGCUCAGAACUCUGGAGCUGACCUCUUUUCCAAUUGCACAGAAGAGUGUAAAGCACUGGGACACUCAGAUCGUUGUUGGAUGCCCACAUUUGUACCCACAGAUGGCCGUCAAGGACCUGAUUACCGCAGCAAUCUGCAUGUUCCUGGCAUGGACUCUGUGCCUGACACCGAGGUCUAUGAAGCUCCAGAGCAGACAGGAGAGAAAUCCUUCUCUACAUUUGGAAAAGAAAAGUCACAUCCAUCUAAUUUAGAAAAGAAAGAAUAUGAUGCACUUCUGCCCAACACACGUGCGCCUUACAAGCCGCCAUAUUUAACACGGAAGAGAAUUUGCUAGUCCCUUCUGUUGUUGCAGCAUGAUUUUGCACAAGCCAACGACUUAAAAGAAAAAGAAACAGCUUUCCAGUCCGUCAUCCUGGCCAUCGAGUUGUGCAUAAUGUAGUCGAUUCCUAUGUUAUUGGAGACAAUCGUGCUAAUAGUGGAAUCGAAUGCUCUCAGCAGGUCUGAGAAUGAUGCGAUUUGGAGACUCUUUGGAUGUGACUGGUCUAGUCACUUUCAUGACCUGUGUGUGCCUGUUUACAGCACUCAAAAACUUUUACUGAGCUCCUAACUCUUUCUUUAAUUACUGACCGCCACAGAUCGGCACCAAAAGAAGCCAACUGUACAGAAACCAAUCAGAUGUGCAUUACAAAUGCAAUAUCACUGUUUUAGAUGUGACUGUUUUUUCUAUUUUUUUUGUGACGAGUGUUCCCAAAUAGCGACAAGUUUUCAAGACUGUGACUGUGUCCUUCACGCACACUCCUAGGUCUUUUUAGUGAUGAGCGCAGAUCCACAAUUAUCAGAGCUCCUCAGUUCAAUAACGUUCUGUAGUUUAUACACAGUGUUAUUUGCAAAUGUGUUUACUGUACUCUUUCAGAAAUUCUAAAUAAAAAAGUGUACUGCUUUUUUUAUGAAGUGAUGGUAUUCGGUAAGGGGACAAUUUAGCAAUUCUCAAUAUCAAUAAUUCUAUUUAUCAAUAAUCCCAUCCUUCAUUUCCACAACUGAUUAAAGCCACACCAAAAGAGAAAUUUAGAAAGCUGAUCCAUGAUAACACUUAAAGUUAAAAGUAAAUUUAAACACAAAAGAUUUUUCUCUUUGCAAGACGACAAAUCAUUUUGAACUACUUUUUUGGGUACCUUCUCAUGAGUAAUUGUUCUAGAUUCCACAAGGAACCAACAAUUCCACUGGUAGACAGCAGAAAAGAUCAUUUUCCUUUAUCUCAUGCAUAUAAUCUAUGGAUCUUUCUCUUGUGAUGUCUUUUUUCACUUUUACUCAAGGAGAAGAAUCCUUUUAGGUAUAAAGUUACCCCCAGCAAACCCACUUCCUGUAAAUAUGAUAUAAGUUUUUAGAACUUCUUGGUAUGACUGAAAUACAAUGAGUGAGAAGUAGGAGUAUAUUUAAGAGCCAUAACAUAUUGAUAUGAUCUCUUAGAUAUUCAGCAAUCUAUAGAACAAUGUUCCCAAGGUUAAUCACAUCAUUUGAACCCCAAGAGCAUUCCACAUCUUUGAAUGGAGAUUCUUCUGUUAGUCCGCUCUUUUAUAAUAUACAGGAUCACUUUUUCUUUUGGUUUUUGGUCAGAUAAACUAUUUAAGCCGACCCUUAUUUUAAGCUACCAAAUUUAACUUUUUUAGAUUAAAAGAAACAUCAGAUUAAGCUGAAAAUUUGGGGAAACUUGACUUUUUUAAAGAUAAGAUAUUAUGAACAAAUGGAUGUUGUAUUUUUCUCACAUUGUUGAAACAGUUUAUUGUCAAUAAAAACUGUAAUACAUUAUUCUAUCCACACUGUAGUAGUUUAUACGUGCUUAAAAUAGUCAGCAAAACUUUGAAACAUGAAAUAAAUAUAAUGCUACACAGCAGUCAUUUGGGUUAAUUCAACAAGCAGUACAGAAUAAUGAUGCAAUUGUUUACAAUCAUGGAUUUA